AUGAUUAUUGUAUUUGUAUCUAUCCGUCGGCGCUCCGUCCCGAGGUUUCUCGAGCUAAUAUAAUAACAAGACAAAAAAAUAAUCUGAACAAGAGCCUUCUGUGUGUUUCUUCUUUUCAUAAUAAAAAAAGAAACACCAACUCUCAUCUCUUGUCUCUCCACCUCUUAUCUCUCUCUCUAGUCUCUACAAGCUCUAUGCCUCAAGACGAUCCUGAAGCCUUUGUUUGCGCCGGUGGCUUUGACGGGAAGAUCGCAUGCGAGGAGUCUACCUUCGCCGAUGACCCGAAAACUCGACCUUACAACUCCGCCGCGAGUCCGGCUGAUUUUCCGCCGGAAUCUUAUUUCUUGUCCAAAGAUGCUCAGCUCGAGUGGCUCACCGACAACGCCUUCUUCGACCGUAGAGAAUCGCAUAGAGGAAACUCAGUGAAUAAUAUCAACUCGAACCCUAGCUCUCAACGGUACUCCAAAGCGUCGAUCAUCGGUUUGCCGAAGCCGCAGAACACGUGCUUAAACGAGGCCAAGCAGCGGAGAAACGUCGGCAAAACCGAUAAAAACAAGAACCGUACGGGGUUCUUGAAACGGGUCGGGUCACGAACGAAGACGGAUCUUUCGCUUCUUCGCGAGCCUUCUUCUCCUAAUGUCUCGUGCAUGGGUAGAGUGAGAUCCAAAAGAGAACGUAGCCGCCGUAUGCAACGUCAAAAAUCGGUUCGACCGGAGAAGCCAAACCGGGUCAAGAAACCCGGGUUUAUGGCGAGUUUCAGAGCUAUCUUUCGUAUAGGAGGCGGCUGCAAACACGCGCCAUCCCGUGGGACCCACACGCCGCCGAGUAGGGCACGUGGUGACAUCAGGAGCCGGCUUCCACCGGAAAAGGAUGAACCGGGAGCUUCCGGUUUGGGUGGGAUGACCCGGUUCGCUUCCGGAAGAAGAGGGAAUUUGUUAGGUGGGGUUGUUGACGUGUCGUGACAAGUGUAAUGUUAGUGAUUGGUUGGUUUUGGUGGGACCUGUUUUAACUGUUGUUGUGUUUGAAAUAUCGUUGGCGCUGACGCGGCAAAGUGGUUUAAGGGCAUCAUUAACGCUGAAACUCUUUAAAGGUUUCUAAAAAAAAAAUUAUAUUAAUAUUUAAUUAUUUUAGUGUUUUGAAACGUUGCAGGAACGACAACUGUCUCAAAAUAUGUGGAACCGGUUCCAAAACUUACUAAAUAGGAACCUUUUGGCUGUUUCUCUUUCAUGAUUUAUUAAUUUUCAUUUAAUUUUAAUUCUUAAGAACUCCUAUAUAUCUUUGCGUUAAAGGUGCUCUAACGUUCUUCAGGAACACACGGCAACGCGAUGGCGGUGAUUCUUAUCCACCAACCACACCUUGUACUGUUUAUGUAGAUUUUUUCACAUUAUAAUCAUUGAUAUUUCUUUUUUUUUAUUAUUGUAAAUUGUUAUAGAAAUACAUUUGUAUUUAUUAAUCAGUCAAAGCAUACUUCUACCACCACUA